AUGUAUCAGUUUCUCCUACAUCUUUGCAACCUCCUGUUCCUGGAUAGCUGCCACAUCAAAUUGCUUGGAGAUGUGGGGUUCCAGGUACAGUUUAUGCAAAUGGGUUCGUUUUUCAUAUUUGUAGUGCUUCCAGAUACUUGCAAACUUAUAGAAGAGUGGAUAUCUACACGUAAAUUCAGCAGAUAUCCAAUCAAGGAUGAAUAUGCUCAGUGGAUAGUGUCAAGCCAAAGAAGCCUUCUUGAAGUCAUAGAGGCUUUCCCUUCAGCUAAACCUCCACUUGGUGUUUUCUUUGCAUCUGUUGCCCCUCCCUUACAACCCAAAUACUACUCAAUUUCUUCCUCCCCUAAAAUGGCACCAGAAAGGAAUCAUGUUACUUGUGCAUUAGUGUAUGAGAAAACACCAUCAGGACGUGUCCACAAAGUAGUUUGUUCCACCUGGAUAAAGAUGCAGUGCUAA